UGACGCUGGGAAAAGAAAUGCCAACAUGGACCCGUGGCAAAGACGGGACGCGAGUGCGCGACGACAAUAACACGACGGAGACGAGAAAUAAAGGCGAAACACGGAGAGUCGUGGACUGCGCCACCUCCGCGAACACUCUCCCCGCUCUGAAGCACGGUCUUUGUGUCUCCUCUUCUGGAUCGAGUUUCCUCUACAUCCCCUACAUCUGCAGCGUUCGGACAGGAUCAAUGGUGUCUCUCAGCAGCAGAAUGCUGAGUUUGGAAAAUGACCUGUUCAGGGACAGCAGCAGCCUCUUCUCCCUUGACCUCGGGGACGGAGAUCGCAGCCAGGGGGGCAGUUCGGCCUCCUGCAACAGCCCAGAAGCCAGGGAAGUGGAGGUUCUGCACAGCUCCAGCCCAGGAGAGGAUGAGGAAGAUGAAGAAGAGGAGGAGGAUGAGGAUGGAGAAAAGCGUCUCCAUAUUUUCUUGGGAGAAUUGGGAGAAGGGGAAGCUGCCAGUCAGGAGCCUAAGCUGCCUGAAUUCUCGUUCCACCCCUGUUCCCCGUUUUCCCCAACCUUGGAGGACAUCGAAGAGUUUUUGAGGGAAAAGAUGGAAAUAGUCAAAGAUGGGAUGGUUGUUCCAAAGGAGGAGGCCUCCCCUCAACCAUGCAGCUCCGCUGACUCUCCACCUGCCUCGGCUCUCCCGGUUGCUUCCUCAGAGACUAUCAAUGAUCCAAAGACUGAUGCCUCCCAAUGCACGUCUAGCUCAGAUGCCACUCAAGGCGGGAAAAAUAGCCCCAUUCCAGCUGACCCUUCUUCUUGUGCCCAAGUUAACCCCUCACCACCCACCUUGUCCCCACCGGUGCUCCUGGGUGCUCCUUUGGUGCUCCAACUCCAGCCUCUUCCGUUGGCCCAGGCCCAGAAUCCAGCAGGCUCUCCUGCAGGGGCCCAAAGUGGGAUUUUGCUCACCCAUGUGGUCAUGGGGCUUCAAGGUGCUACAGGACAAAAUGUAACCCUGCUGGCUCCCCAGGUGCCCUCCACCCACACCACUCUGUUAUCACUAAACAGUGGUGAUAACAAGCCAACUGACCAGAAGUAUGUAAAGAUCGCCCCUCUGCCAAUCACUAUGAGGACUCUGGAGAUCACAGGCUUGACUGGGGUCGGGGGCCAUGGAGGCGGUGUGCUAAAAGCAAUGGCUCCUCGGAUGACGAGGGUGCCACCUACUGAAAGGGUCCACAAGUGCUCCCACCCAGGCUGUGGGAAGAUGUACACCAAAAGCAGCCACCUGAAAGCUCACUUCCGCCGUCACACAGGAGAGAAACCCUACACGUGUAGCUGGCCCGAGUGUGGGUGGAGGUUCUCCCGCUCCGACGAACUGUCUCGUCACCGCCGCUCUCACUCGGGCGUCAAGCCUUACGAGUGCUCACUGUGUGAGAAGAAGUUUGCCCGCAGCGACCACCUCUCCAAACACACAAAGGUCCACCGCAGCUCCAGGCCCAGCAGGAUUAUCAGAGCCACCGUGUGAUACCCUCAGCUGACCUGACCCCUGCCCAGCAUCCACCCACCCACACCUGCCGUGCCUCCCUUGCCCAGCUUCGAUUUGGGCAGCGCGGUGAGGGUCCGGGCCUCCUCAGGACUUUUGGUGCUUUACGAGCUGGACUUUCAGAAGAAUCUCGGGAGUUGGCUGCCGUUUCACUUCAAAGUUUCUGUCCCGUCUCUUCCUCCCCUCUGUUUUACCUUCAGUGCUCCUUGUGAGCUGCUCAUAUUGUACCGAGCUAGCAGCCACCUCAGGAAAAAGUCAGCUCAAAGUGGAUUUCCUGGCCUUUGCGCACUCAUGCGUGGCAGAAUGCAGAGCAGCAGACAUUCUUAUAAGGGAUCCUCUUGUAACCACUGCGUGCCCCACUGCUCCAGUUACCAAGCUGCCAGGUGCUGUGGGAAGUAGAGUGCUAACCAGUAAUGGGAGCAUCUGUAAUUAUAGAAUCUUUUUUUUUCUACUUUUGCAAUCGAUUUGCUUCCUCAAAGGUAAACUUCAGGGUUCAAAUGGUUCAGAUGAAGCUUCCGUUGUUGCACUUAUGUGUUCUAAUCGUUAACGCGAUACGCGCGAGAGAGUUCGGAAACCCGCUCCCAAUUUCUGAAUUCUUCUGAAAGUACUUUCAGAGGGAUGCCGAGGCUCCUCACAGCAGAGAUAGUUUAGUCGUAUUGAACUGCUGGUGUCCCUGAUAAUUUGGCCAAGUUGAGCAAAACUCACUGUUUUCUGGACCACACCUCUGGCCUUGAUCGCAUUCAUCCAGUCGUGAUCCAAAAUGCUUUGGACCUGUAUGCCUUUUCUCAGUCCCAGUAUGUCCUAAUCUCUUUAUCGAUGCCUUUGUCCAUUUCACAAAACCUCUGUUGAGCCUGCUGUUAUCAUAUGACUGCUCUUAUUUAACUGUGACUCUGAACACGGGGUUGCCAAACCUGAAAUCCCUGUUCUGGCCCUCUGUGGGAGGAUGAAAAUGACACCUUCGUUUAUACGGUUUAUAAGCUCUUUGUUCUCUGGAAAUCAUUGUGCAGCCCAUUGAUGUGGCUUAAAAAACAUACACACACACACACACACACACACACACACACACACAAAGUAGUUAUGGGCCUAUAAGGUGCAACAGUGAUGUGAAACUUUGCUCUUUUUUUAAAUUUACAGUAGCACUUACUGUAAACGUUUAUUUUUUUGGUUAUAGCAGCAAGAAAAGCUAAUAGUAUGAAUAGCUGGAAAGGCAGCUAACAUCUAUCCAAUCAUUUGUAUUAGCAUAUUCAAUAUAAUGUGUACUGAAUAUUAAGGACACAGAUGACGUGUACAGCUUGUAGCCUUUAUAUAGAUGUUUGUUUGUUUUGAAAUCCAAGGAUUUUCAAUCAGCGCAUUAAGCUAUUCAGUGGUGUUCCUGGAGAGGUUUUCAGUCUGUUAUGUGAGUUUGAUUGUAGCGCGAUCAGUCUGUGGAAUGUCGGACUGAUUAUGCUCUGGGAUUUGGAGUCCCGCUCUACCCGUUCACAUAAACCAUUAAGCUGAGUCUGCUGGUCUCAAGUGCACUUGUGCUAGUGAAAAGUGAGAAACAGUCAGAAAACACUCCUGCUCUUAUGGCAGUUCCAUAAAAUGCACUGGAACAGCAAAAUGCGAAAAAAAAAUAGUGAAGCAAUUUUUGUAAGGAAGGUUCAACUGCCCGUGGCGGUCGGUAUUACCGUGUGUUAUUAGAUCUCAACAUUGUGGUGCUUGUUAACCUACCGGUGCUUCACAAAAUAGGCUGUAAUUACAAGCGUAACACCUCACAUAGCUGGAUUAUCUCUGUUGAACAGGCACUUAUAACUACCGGCAGUCUUAACUUUAGCUGGAGCAACACUGGUGCUUAUGGAUAAGCGCAAAAAUAGAGCACUUAUUUACACAGCAAUCGUUCUUAUAUCUGUGAUUCUUAGCAUUCUGGAAACCCUAGGUUUCAUUCUUUCCAAGCAGCCAUGCUCUGUAGCGUAGAAACAGACGGGCAGACGUGUUUAUCUGUCUGAACCAGUGCUGUCUUUGUGUCUGAGCCUCCCCAGGCUGCUUCUACUGACCUACAUCCAGACCUGUAUUCCCUAAUCAUCAUCAUCCAAUUCUCUCUCUCUCUGUGAUGCCUGAGCACAGGCGAUAUUUUCUUUUUGUUUUGUUUUUGUUUGUUUGUUUUUUUUGAAUACCAGAAAUGCUAUUUUCCUAUUUGCAGAAAUAAAAUUAAAAAAAAGA